AUGCGAGUCCAAAAUUCAGGAGGAUGUCUCCAGAGCUUCGCCAAGUCGUUAACAGCGCUUCUUUACUUGCAAUUCGCGUUGGCGUUGCCACAAUCGUUAUCUAUCUCGGGUUCGUCGCGUUCACAGUCAUCUUCGGACGAUAAACAAUCCGGCGAUGGCUCGUCGAGCUUCUCGAUGAGCUCACAGGGGUUGAUCAAGCGCCAGAACUGCAAACCGACCUGUCCUCCUGGGACCCGCCUCGAUUCGAUUUCGAUGCCCGCCUGUACCUGGAACUGUCUCACGUGGUCAAGUGCGGUCAUCGAAAACUCGGGGGAGCUCAUCAAUAUGAUCGCCACUAUCAUCACCGGCGCCCUCGCGUACACCGCGGUGAGGGCAACGACUCCUCACAUCGGCGUAACGGGCAAACGGGAUAACGUCACCUUGCAGGCGUUCAGUACGGCGGUCGAUGAAAUCUUUGGCACCAAGAACCGCAAGCGCGAUGGAGGUAAUCUUCACACCGUCGACUACACCACAUUGUUCGCCAAUGGCAGCGUCGACGGUAUUUACACCGAGCUUAACCUGACGGGCGGUCGCGUCGCAGCUUACAUUGGCAAUUCUUACGCUCCAAGUUGGGUCCCUUCGGACUCGGACCUCAAGAAGCGUACCGACAUCCUCACCAAUGCCAAGAUCAUCUUCCACAACGCUUACGUCUCCAAACAAGUGCACGUCAGGGAAUUCACUUAUUCCGAGAGGAUACAGGCGGGCACAAUAAUCGCGGGCCGCUUCUCCGACGGUUGUCGCUACGAGGGCAGGGCAAUGUGCGACUGCCUGCGCUCCGGGGAAGCCGACGAGUUUGCCGGUGCUUUGACGGUCGAGGGUCAGGCCAAUAGCAAUGGCAAGUACCAAGAGAUGCGCUGCGACUGCGAUGCCCGCCCCUGGUAG